CUUUUUUUAACCACCCCGAGACAGACAGCCGCACGCCGCCACGCAUCCGUCGCUGUUCGUUUGAGGACAUUGACAUUUACGAAUUGGACUGAAUGGCACCUCGCGGGAGAGGAGGCGGUUUUAGGGCGCGCGGGUCCGGAGGCCGGGGAGGCCGAGGCGGACGUGGAGGAGGACGAGGCGGCGCAGGACGAGGCGGCAGAGGACGAGGAAGAGCAACCAGCCGCUUUGGACCCAACCGGCGGUUCGAUGGAACCCGACUUGCAGAAAAUGAGCAAGAAAGCUCCGGAUCUGACGAGGAAUCCGGCUCCGAGGACGAGGUCAUGGACGAUGUCGACUCGGAGGACGAAGACGAGGACGAGGACGACAAGGCCGCCUCCCGCCCAUACAUGGCCCUCCUGCAAAGCCUCAAUGAAAGCAGCGCCCCAACUGCUAAGCGACGAAAGUUGGACCAUCGAGCGUCCUCGCCGCAAGCCGAGGACGAUGAUUCCUCCUCCGACAAGGAGUCUAGCGAGAAGGAUGUCGAUCGCGCUGAAGAUGAGGCCGAGGACGAUGCAGACACUGCCGUCGAAGAACAACCAGAGGAAGACUCAGAAGAUGAGGGAGACUCCGAAGACCCUUUCGACGUGCACUUCGCUCAUCCUAACGACGACAUUGUCGGAAAGCGGGUCAAGGCUGUCCAAAAGGGCGAGUGGGCGACCAAGCGAGCCCUGAUGCAGUCUUGGAGAGCCACCGUUAUGUACCCCAACUCUGAUGCUGGGUCUGAAGUCCCGAAGCCUGUGGCAGGGCUCGACGGCCUGAAGCUGAAGCAGAAGCUGAAGGAAAUCGCCGACCGCAAGAUUGGCUCGUUCGAGGAUGUUCACCGGAACUUUAGCCCGUUGCUGUUUGACUACCGCGAUGUGUUGCAUUGCGACCGCACAGUUCGAAACUCGGAUCAGAUGAGACAGUUGACUUGUCUCCACGCUCUGAACCACGUCUUUAAGACCCGAGAUAGAGUCAUCAAGAACAACUACAAGCUGGCAAAGGAAGGAGAGAAUACCGAGAUGGAGCUCCGAGAUCAAGGUUUCACUCGCCCCAAGGUGCUCUUCCUCGUACCAACCCGCAACUCGUGUCUGCGGAUGGUCAACAUGAUCCGGGAUUUGUGCGAGCCGGACCAGCAAGAAAACCGCAAGCGCUUUGACGAGAGCUACUUUGAUAAGGAGUCCAAAUUUGGCGACGACAGACCCGCCGACUUCCGGGACCUCUUUGAAGGCAACGACGACGACAUGUUCCGCCUGGGCGUGAAGUUUACGCGAAAGACGGUCAAGUACUUUUCACAGUUCUACAACUCGGACAUUCUCUUCGCCAGUCCUCUGGGUCUGCGAAUGGCGAUUGGCUCGGAAGAGGACACCAAGGUCGACUACGACUUUCUCAGCUCCAUCGAAAUGGUUGUUGUUGACCAGGCAGAUGCGCUCCUGAUGCAGAACUGGGAGCACGUCGAGUACAUUUUCGAGCACUUGAACCUACAGCCAAAGGAUGCCCACGGCUGCGACUUUAGCCGCGUCCGGAACUGGUAUCUUGAAGACUGGGCCAAGUAUUUCAGACAGACCAUUAUUCUGUCCGCCUUCAAUACCCCCGAGUUGUCUGAGUUGUUCCGAAUUCACUGCCACAACUGGGCCGGCAAAGUGCGACUGCAGCCAGAGUAUCCUGGUACGCUGCAGCAACUAGGCGUCAAGGCUAAGCAGACAUUCUCUCGAUUCCAGUCCCCUUCAGUCGACAAGGAUCCCGAUGCUAGAUUCGAGUACUUUACCACCGCCAUCGUCCCCUCCCUGGUCAAGCGCGCAAAGGAUGCCAGCGGGACUCUCAUCUUCAUCCCAUCAUACCUUGAUUUCGUCCGUGUGCGCAACUACUUUGCCAACUCCAAUGAUGUGAACGACGUCACUUUCGGCGCCAUAUCAGAAUACGCGGACGUCCCUGAGGCGUCUCGUGCACGCUCUCACUUCCUCAACGGCCGCCACCGCCUUCUGCUCUACACGGAGCGAGCACAUCACUUCCGCCGGUAUCAGUUCCGGGGUGUGCGGCGGGUCAUCUUCUACGGACUCCCUGACAAUCACCUCUUUUAUAAUGAGAUUGCGGGUGGCUACUUGAGCAAGAGUGAGCAGGAUAUGAAGAUUGAGCCUGGCCAAGGCAAUGUGAGGGUUGUCUUCUCUAAAUAUGAUGUGAUGAAGAUGGAGCGUAUUGUGGGCUCUAAGAGGGUGGGUAAGAUGAUUCAGGAGCGCGGUGAUACCUUUGAGUUUAUAUAGAGCAACUAUGUACCCGAUGGGAAAAUUGUGGUCAGAUGGAGUCUGUAUGCCUGGGAUCUUGACAUCAUAUAGAGCGGGAUGGAGCACAAAAGUCAUUUAUCACUUGAAAUAUCGUCAAAUGUU